UUCAAAGCAACUUCACGUGAUAUUGCGAAUUGAGCUAAUUUCAGCUAAUUAACGUGAAUUAAUGUGUGGUGCGAAGAAUAGGAAUCAUUGACAAUCAUUGGAAAAUAGAAUUAGGAUAAAAAAUGUAUACGUGCUCCGAAGCGCAGAAUAAAAAGAUUCACGUGGAAUUUGGCGAAGUGGAGACGGGCGCCACAGCCAUCAAGUGGAUAGAGGUAGCCAACGAAAGUUCGACAGAGCAGAUUUACGAAGCUCGGAGAGACGCUACCACCAAUCCUCUAGACCAUGUAUUCGAAUUAUGCAGCUAUUCGUGGACAUUGUCUCCCGGCCAAAUAUACAAGUGCAGAAUAUACUACCGGCCGUUUGUGCCACUUUCCGUAAACGUAGAUUAUUUUACGAUCAUGAAUUACACCGGCGAACGCGCAGAAAUCAGAGUCCGUGGAAUGUGUAUCGGACCUGUACUUUCCGUGUCCACAACAAGAUUAGUCAUGAUGUGCGCAAGCGAGAGUCACGAAACGAAGAAGCGAAUCAAACUUAUUAAUGAUUCCAACGCUACGGCAAUUUUUAUGUUUGACAUUGACCUGAUUCAAAGAUCAUUCAAAGUGGAUGCAAAGCGCGGACACAUCGGGCCUUAUUCUCGCAAAUACAUAACUAUCACUUUUGCUCCUCGAGAAGUUGGAAUCUACGCGUACCACUUGCCGUGCUUAAUAUUAAAUCACAAGCCAAUUAUCAUAGAACUGUACGGCUACUGUGUCUCAACAUUACAUAAAGCCGACAUUCAGAAUCGCUUUAUUUAUCCUGCAAGAGUGAAAAACAGCUUUGAAGGAUACACGAGCGAUACUAUCGUUGCCACGCAAGAUCUACCUACGAUUUCUUUGUCGAAGAACUAUAUCGAUUUUGGUCAGGUCGAUGUGGAGAUGGAAAAUAAUGCGCGGAAGAUUCCAGAAACCUUCUGCGUCACUAAUCACAGUCAAUCCAAUGUAUUAAUUAAAUGGGACCAAGAUGUCGACAACAUUUUCAGUAUAACACCUGCUAUUGCGAAUAUAUCAGCGAGCCAAACAACUUUGUUUGAAAUCACAUUUAAUCCCGACAGAGGAAGCAACUUAUUUGCAAAAGAACUUGUAGGCUAUGUUUUUAUUGAACAACAAAAAAAUUAUCAUUACGAAGAAAUUCUUGUAUUUCCUACAAUUACCUCUGUGCGAUUAAUCGGCCACUCCUUUCCUAUUUGUUCCGACGGUUGGAUUCCCCAAUACGAAAUACCUCACAUAAUAAAAAUGCCUCCUUGCGUACCGUCAUUCCCGAUUUACACCACAUUUUUAAUAAAAAAAUUUGGACAUUUGCCAUUGAUGUAUCGCUUUGUACCGCCAGCAUCGAGUCACUUUGUCGUGAAGCCGAUGAUGGGAAUAAUUCACCAAGAUUAUCAGAUCAUUGUAGUUGGAAUGUUACCUGGCGCUGACAAUGAAAGUGUCUACGUGGAACGUUGGGCAAUACGUUUCAAUGGAAAUACAAAAUCGGAAUGUUUCAUAGAUUUUAGCGGAUUUACGGAAUACGCUAAUGUCAGUUUCAGCGAUCAAAAUAUCGUGAACUUUGCGCCGACUUUUCCAGGUUGCCAGCAACUGCAGCGAUUCUACAUGCGAAACAUCACUCGACAUGUGAUAAGAUUCGAGUUUGUUAAUCCUGUACCUGAACUCCAAAUUCGAAAUGAAAACGGUGAGAUCUGCUCAAACGAUAUCGUCAUUCACGAAUGGAAGUUUUGUCCCACAAUGACUGGAGAUUACGAGUUUGAUAUAAAUUGCAAUUUAAUUGUGUUAAAAGAUAAAAUUCCUGUUGGCCCCAGUUGUGUAACGUUACGUGUAAUAGGAAGAUGUGAAUUUGGUUUUCUUGUGUCAGUGCCCGACGAAUUAAAUUUCGGAAUUCAGGCGUACAAAACUACAAAAGAAUUAAGUUUUCACGUAUUCAACAUGAGUCCCGUGAACAUUUAUUACAAGAUAACGUGUAAACAUUGUAAUUGGCCUAUCGGGUGCAUAGAGCAUGAUGUAAAAAUACAUCCAAACUCAGAGACUGUUUCCGCUGGACAAGAUGAAACAAUCACUUUUGUCACACCUUCUACGCCAGGAUAUUACGAACUUUUCGUUCAAUAUUAUGUAAGGAUAAGCCCUCACACGGAUGCAUUAAUUCCGAAUCAGACAUCAAGAAAUAUUUGUAAACUGCGUUCUUUGUGUGUGUUACCUACUUUAAAGGUGAUGGAUUUGCAAUCUUACGGGCCUUGUGCGGAAAUGAGCAAAGCUUUUCUUUGGAAGCAUAUGAAAAUGAAUACGCUUAAUACACUACUUAGAAAUUUACAACCGGGGACGUCACAAACGCUGCACGUAAAUUUCCCUGCGACGGUUUUACACAAGAGCCCGAUUAUUAUAAAAUUGCUGCUGAUGAAUGUAACCGCAGUGAUUGCUUCAUGGAAUGUAAAAAGAGUGCAACUUUGUUCUUGUCGACCUAUUGCAAGACCUCGAGGCAUUUCAUUCACACGUGCGAAGUAUGAUUGUUUGCACAGAAAAGUGUGCUCUAUAUUGCCAAGAACAGGAAACCUUGAACCAAACGAGAAGGAUUGGAUAACUCUAGAGCUGCAUUACGUAUUAUUAGGAAAGACUGAUGCAAAAUGGGACAUAGAUUUAGGAGAUAAUCGUCAUAUUUUUUUAGUUAUGACAAUCGAAAGUUUACCCGAGUCUAAAAAUGAACUCUGUCUUUUAAACGGCACACAUUUUAAAUUCCAACACGUUUACCUUGGAGAAAGGAAUCCUGCUUAUCAGGUAUGUUGGGUGCACAAUGGUACAAAUCACAGCAUCCCAUUUUCCAUAAAUCCCAAAGAAAUGUGCAAAAUAAAUCAGAAGUAUUGUUACGAGGUUUUUUCUUAUGUAAUUCCACAAGCAAUGGUGAAUCCGCAAUCUUCUGCUCCAAUUCUCCUAAAAUUUCAGCCACGACAAUUCGGAGUUUUUAAGGGGAAGUUAUCCUUAGUUUUAGGCGAUGAAGGGAAAGAAUUAAUAUUAGAAGGCGAAUCUUCCCUGCCACAUAAAUUAACAACAGUUGGAGAAUACGUGCCAUCGGGAUGUACCUUCAAAGAUGACGAUAUUCCUAUAUAUUUCAAUAUUGAAUGUAUAGAUAUUUCAAAUGUAGCUACACACAGUCACGUAGUGAAAAUGAUUAUGAUGCACAAUAAUACGGUGCAUGAUGUAUUCGCUUAUAAAUGGAAAAGACAUGAGAUUCCUGGAAUAAUUCUCGUGGAAAUUCAUCCACCAAAAGGUUUGAUAAAACCAAUGUCCGUUAAAAGUUUUUGUGUAACUAUAAAUACCAAAGGAUAUCCUUGCGUAAUUGAUGUUAACAUACCGUGCGAGUUUAUUAAUACCAACCAAAGGCGAGCCUAUCAGAAAAGUAUAUAUAAACAUGAAAUCUUUCGGCGAGACACUUACUCUUUAAUUAAAAAUAAGGAACUUGUUUAAACAUUUCUUUUUUGUCUCUAGAAACCAUCGAUAAAAGUUUUGGAGAAAUUUCAACCUUUUUAUAAAACUAUAACGAUCCGAUGCUCAAUACAUAGUGUAGAAGAUAAAUUUCUAAAAGUUAAUCUAAUGGAAGAAUUAAUAAGCGCACCACGAAAAGAAAUACGCAUUGAGGAAGAUGAAAUACAGAUGACAUUCAACAAAGAAGACAUCAAACGAUCUUCAUUUAUUAUAGAAGGUCUACUAUGGGAAAUAAUCAAUAGCAAACUAUUUAAGAACCAAAUGCAAGAUAUUUUGCGUGACGAAUUGAAUUUAUUUUAUUCACAAUUCACAAUGAAUUUAUACGAAAGAAAAAGAUUGAUACAAAGAUCGUACAUUUCACCACCACGAGCGUUAAUCAGUCAAAUAUUGGAAAAGAUGUUAUUCGUCAUAAUGCAUGAAGAGUUCGCUUUGAAGACCACACACUUAAUCCAGCGUGUAGACAUCAGACACAAGGACUAUUUGAACACGGCAUCCAGCGUGAAGAGGAGUAAAACUUCUAAGCAAGGUGCACGACAGAGUGGUUUUAUUAUUCAUGACGACGUCGAAUUUCCCAAGGGAACGCUCUUUCAUUUAAUUGGUACCCGGGCCCGCCUUUUGCCAAAAUCUUUCAUUGUCAACGCUGAGAGGGUUAGUCGCUUCCCGCCUAAAACAGGCCAUGGCUGCGCUUGAUCUUGAUGCGGGAUAUCCGGGCGGAUAUUUCGGGCGGACGACGAGCAACAGCUCUAAUUAAAACUUUUCGAACUAUUUUUAGUUAAUUGCGGAAAGAUCGA